UUUUGCUAGGUGAGCGCACGCACACUGCACUGAAGAGUUUAGAAGCACAGCGGAAGUUACCCCGUCAGGAGCAGCGAGAGUGCGUGCUGAAUUUAGCGGGGACUCAGGUGUCAUGAUGUGGGCUCGGUUGACGGUUGGAGCCGGGGCUUCGGGGCUCGGUUUGCGGGCUGCAGGGGACGGUUUGCUGCGGUUCGUUGGAGCUGGAUGUGCGGGGAGGAGGCAGCAACAGAGCCGGGCUGCCAGCACAGAGACUGCCUUGAAGAAGACUCCACUAUUUGACUUCCACAGGGGGCAGGAGGGAAAGAUGGUGGAGUUUGCAGGCUGGAGUAUGCCCGUUCAGUAUAAAGACAGUCACAUUGCCUCUCACAUGCACACCAGAGAGCACUGCUCCAUCUUUGAUGUCAGUCACAUGUUGCAGACCAACGUCCACGGCAAAGACAGGGUGAAGUUUAUGGAGUCACUGGUGGUGGCAGACAUCGCAGAACUCAAGGACAACCAGGGCACGUUGACCCUCUUCACUAAUGAGAAAGGUGGGAUUAUUGAUGACCUCAUUGUGACCAAGACGGACCAGGGCUACCUCUACGUUGUCUCCAAUGCCGGCUGUGCUGACAAGGACUCUGUUCAUAUGAAGGCCAGACUGGCAGAGUUCAAAUAUGCAGGUUUUGAUGUGGAUCUGGAGUUUCUCGAUUGCGCACUGAUUGCUGUGCAAGGUCCCACUAUGUCUCAGGUGCUCCAGGUGGGAUUGAAGGAGGAUCUCAGUAAGCUAACUUUCAUGACCUCUGCCCUGGCCACGGUGUUCGGUGUCCCUAACUGCAGACUAACUCGAUGUGGAUACACUGGAGAGGACGGGGUGGAGAUCUCCGUCCCUGAGUCCAGAGUGGUGGAGCUGACGGAGACGCUACUGACCAACAGUGAGGUGAAGCUGGCCGGGCUGGGAGCUAGGGACAGCCUACGACUGGAGGCGGGGCUUUGUCUUUAUGGCAAUGACAUCGAUGAGACCACUACACCUGUGGAGGCCACGCUUGUCUGGACCAUAGGAAAGCGCAGACGCCAGGCCAAAGAUUUUCCCGGUGCUGACAUCAUCAUACCUCAGAUCAAAGCCAAGACAGCCAGGAAGAGAGUGGGUCUGGUGUCCACCGGCCCCCCAGUCCGGCAGCACACCCCUAUUCUCAGCCCUGAUGGAAAGGUCAUAGGUGAGGUGACCAGCGGCUGCCCCUCUCCCUGCCUGAAAAAGAACAUUGCCAUGGGUUACGUGGAUGCGGCAUUCGCCAAAAAUGGAACAGCCAUCCAGGUCGAGGUCAGGAAAAAGGCAGUGCCGGCCACCGUCAGCAAGAUGCCCUUUGUGCCUACCAAGUACUAUACUGGUUAGGAGAGACACUUGUAUGGCGAGUAUAGGUGCUGCUGAGCGUUCCUUCAAACGAUCCCGUAUUUGCCAGCACUGCCCCUUCAUUCUUAGCUCACUAUUUAAAAUGUACAAACCUUCACUGGUGAGUCCAACAGAGGAAAAAUUAGUCCAAAAAUUACUACUGACUAUUGAUCGGUCACUUUAACGCACAAAUAUAUUAAGUUUAAAGUACUCACAGUGUUCAUAUUCAGUCACCAGGGCUGCUGCUUUGAGAAUGGACAUUAUAGGAGCUCAUGUAGAAAACAGGGUGUCCAGAUGACCCUCUUCAUAAUGGUUUGCAAAGCAUUUUUAUCCCUUGUCCCCCUCGUCCCACGUAUUAAGAGUGUGUCCCACAUUUUGAUUGGCUCUGCAGGAUGUGCAUGUCUAUAAAGUCUGGCUUGUAAUCAAACUGUCUGAAGACAACAGGGAAGGCCUUAUAUUCAAGUGGAAGUUAGUCCCACUUAGAGUCAUGUGGCUCUGCCCAUCAGGGAAAGAUGAUUUUCGGAAAUGUGAUGGAAACUGCCACAAAGAAAAUUAUUAUGUUAAACUGGGAAAUUCAAUUUUUGUCCAGCUAAAAAGUUCCACAUCGUCCCGUUUUAUUUUUUU